AUGACGAAGGGUGGAACUCGUGGUGAUUGCGUGGAGGAAUUAGAGAAGAAGUUGGAUGAAUUGACCGAGAAAUUGACGGGUCGUGAACUGCCGAAUUCCUUGCCAAAGGAACCGGGAAAGGAGGCGGUCGCCACUCCUGCUGUAGGAACGGAGGAGGCCACCACGGGAGCAGGACAGAGCGAGCCUUGGGAUCUAACGGCCACCGGUGUUCCUCCUGGCCGACGGCUGCAUUAUACGGUACGAACAGAUGGACUACGACCACAAGGGGCAGCACUUGAAGUAGAGCCACCGCCGACAUGGGCAGGAGGCCGAUAUAACCACGAAAGGAGGUGCGGCCCCGAGCGCUGGGAGGUUGGUGGUGAUCGACGACGGGUCGGGGAGGAAAUUCCGCCGUGGGCUGGAGGCGAGCCUCCCAAUCCGUUUCCUCACCGACGGAGGACUGGAGGGAGUCCACCUCGUGUGGAUUUGCCACCCUUCGACGGCGAGGGGUGGCCGGUCUGGGAGAGACGGGCGGAGCGCUAUUUUCGGGUCCACCUGAUCCGGCCGGAUGUUCGCGUGCAGGUGGUGGCUGAUUUUCUCAGCAGAAGGGCAUGGGAAUACUAUGAGUGGGUCAUGGAGGAAGAACCGGGCAUGGAUUGGGAAGAGCUGAAAUUUUCCUUCGGGCAACGUUUUGGGCCUAGGGAAUUUAGGUCCAUCCAGGAACAGUUGGUGGGCCUGAGACAGAGGGGCUCCGUGGCAGAAUACGGGGAACAGUUUCAGGAGUUGUCGGCCCGUGUUCGUGGAAUGGACCAGGCUACAACCUUGGGAAUUUUUCUGAAUGGGCUAAAUCAGGAUUUGCAAGAUGAUGUCCGGAUGUGGCAACCCAGGAGUGUACAUGAGGCUAUUCAAUUGGGCCUCCAGCUGGAACACAAAUUGAAGGCCCAGGGAAACCGGGGAAGGGGAGGCCACUUAUCACCAUUCCAAGUUCCACUCCAAACGACAAAUCGUUUGGGAACCAAUAGAUGGGGGUCGGGUUGUAUGAGUAACCCGCAUCCCAUUCUCGGAAAUACUCAGAAGCUUGUGGAAGGCGGUGGUACGAGCGCGGCUCAGCUGGAACGACAGCGGUGGAAGGACAACCGAGAGUGUUUCCGAACCAGAAAAAAGACGGCGCCACCAGAGGGCCGCGGCAGUACGGACUCAGAAGAGGAGGAAGGGUUGUUGCUCCUCCAACCGGAUCUGAGGUUGCAGGCGUUGGCCGGGAUUAAUGGAGGAGAGACUCUCAAAUUGUACGGUCGGGUACAGCAGAAACAGGUAACCAUCUUAAUCGAUAGUGGGGCAAAUUCCUCGUUUAUCAGUUGGACUAAGGUUAAGGAACUGGGGUUAACGGUAGUGUCAAUCUCGGAAUACACGAUCAAGGUGGGGGAUGGUUAUUGCGUGACUACAGAUACUGUAUGCCGAGGGGUGUGUUUGGAAGUGUCGGGUUUAACGUUUGAGUUGGAUUUAUAUCCUUUCGAGAUACCGGGAGUAGAUGUGGUUUUGGGGGCUGGAUGGCUUAGGACGUUGGGAACCUUUAGGGCAAAUUUUAGACAUAUGUGGUUAGAAUUCGAGCUGAAGGGAAAGGUCCAUUGGCUGGUUGGAGUGUCGGCCUUAUCCCGAGAGCCUGUCUCGAUUACCGCUGUGGCCAAAAUGGCCAAGAAGGGGGAAGAGUGUUAUUUGGUGCAGUGGCAGAGCACCCUUUCACCUAAUGCCCGGAAGGAGGGAGCAACUACGAUUUAUAUGGAGGAGUUAGAGAAGGAAUAUGAGUCGGUGUUCUCGGGAAAACUGGGGCUGCCACCUUCCAGAACAGGGGAUCAUGCUAUUGUGCUACACUCGGGUGCAAAACCCCCGAAUAUCAGACCCUACCAGUACCCGCAUGCGCAGAAGAAUGAGAUUGAGCGUUUGAUUGCAGACAUGACAUUGGCCGGAAUUAUUAGACCCAGCCAGAGUCCUUAUUCGAGUCCGGUGUUAUUGGUUCGCAAGGACGGAAGUUGGCGUUUUUGUGUGGAUUAUCGGGAACUGAACAAAUUGACCGUGCCGGACAAAUUCCCCAUUCCUAUAAUCGAGGAACUGUUAGAGGAGCUACACGGAGCAUCUUGUUUUUCGAAGCUUGAUCUAAAGAGCGGGUACCACCAAAUACGCAUGAGGCGGGAAGAUGUCGAGAAAACAGCAUUUCGGACGCACGAGGGGUACUACGAAUUCUUGGUUAUGCCCUUUGGGCUUACUAACGCUCCGGCUACCUUCCAAGCAAUGAUGACCGAGUUGUUCAAGCCAUUGCUCAGGAAAUUUGUUUUGGUAUUCUUGGAUGACAUUCUAGUUUACAGCCACAGUUCACAGGAGCAUUUAGGCCACUUACGAACCGUGUUGGGGUUGUUGAAGGAUGGGAGUUUUGUGCUCAAUUUGAAAAAAUGUUUGUUUUUCCAGGAUACCGUGGAAUACUUGGGGCACUACAUAUCCCACGGGGGUGUGACGGCAGACCCAGGAAAGAUACGGGCCAUGGUUGAGUGGCCCGUCCCAACCACAGUGAAAGGGGUGCGAGGCUUCCUGGGUUUGAUGGGAUACUAUCGUCGUUUUGUGAAGAAUUACGGCGCCAUCGCACGGCCCUUGACCGAGUUGUUAAAGAAGGGGGAGUUCACUUGGUCGAAGGAGGCGCAUCGGGCAUUUCAGGAACUUAAACGGCGAAUGACGGAGACCCUAAUCCUUGCAUUACCCGAUUUCAAGGACACCUUUGAGGUGGAUACGGAUGCAUCAGGAGCAGGGAUAGGGGCAGUCCUAUUACAACAAGGGCGACCGGUGGCCUACUACAGCAAGGGGCUGUCGCCUAGGACAAUGGCCAAGUCGGUUUACGAGAGGGAACUUAUGGCCCUGGUUCUAGCCAUCCAGAAAUGGAGAGUGUACCUUCUUGGCAGGAAGUUUGUGGUGCACACCGAUCAAAAGUCUCUUCGUUUCCUUUUGGAACAGCGAAUUAGCAGUCCGGCACAACAAAAGUGGCUGGUGAAGUUGAUGGGGUUUGAGUUUGACAUACACUACCGAGCAGGAAAAGAGAAUAUAGUGGCUGAUGCGUUGUCCCGUCGAGGUGGUUGGGCACAAGGAGGAGAACUCCUAGCUAUCUCAGGGCCCCAAUUUUUAGACAUGGCAUUGGUGGAGCGAGAGAGAGCUGCUGACGCCAAACUUCGCACCCUCAAGGAGCAGUUGAGCCGCGAAGGGGCACAAGAAAGCCACUAUGCUGUGGAGCGUGGGGUGUUGCUGCACUAG